UCAUCUCAACUUCUUGAAGGUGUUGAGAGUUGAGACUUGCUUUGUAGAUUCAAAUUUAUUUUUAUUUUCAUGCUCCUUUCUCUCAUUAUCUUAAGAAUCAGUUUCAAAAGAAUCCGAUAGGAGAGUUUUGAGUAGUGAAACAAUGGAUGAUGAUCGACUCAGUGAGUUACCUGACUCGUUAAUCCUCUCCAUUCUUUUGUUGUUGGAUACGAGAGAGGUGAUUAGGACAACCCUUCUCUCCAAACGAUGGAAGAAUCGAUGGACCACCAUCCCCUGCCUUCGCUUUCGCUCUCGCUUUCCUUUCUCCCGUGAUUUAUUGGUUGAAUCUUCAAACUUCAUUUCUGGGGCUCUUGCACAAUGGAAAGGUGCCAAGAUUCUGGAGUUCACCAUAUUCUUCUCCUCUAAUGAUCCUUUGACCCCAUCUUGUGAUACUGAUUCGUGGCUGCUUUUUGCGACCGAAAAACAAGUGGAAAAGCUAACUUUUGGUUUCGAAUGUAGACCGCAUGGUGCAUACUUUGUUCCACAGUGUUUGUAUUCAUGCUCAUCAAUUACAACAUUAUCUCUAUACUGUUGUUCGUUUAAAAUCGAGAGGAAUGUGCGAUGGAAUCAGCUCAAGAGUUUAAACAUUAGGAAAUCGGAGGGCUUGAGUGGUGAUGCCAUGAACCAAAUUCUUUUGGGUGCUCCUCGGUUGGAAAAGUUGGUUUUGCGGUCUUUUGAAAUUAGUGAAAACUUCACUAUCCGAUCUACUAGCUUGAUGAUUCUCGAAAUCAUCGAGUGUAAUUUAAAGGCUGAGGCAGAGCUGAGAAUUUGGGCUCCUAAUCUAUUGAGUUUAGAAAUUUCAGCUUAUGUUUGUGGUAGUUGUUUGCUAUAUGUCCCUUCUUUGAUUACUGCAAUUCUUUCUUUUGAAAUUUUUUGUGGUGAGCUUGAUCCAAUUGAUCUUGAUGACAUGGCGCCUCUUGAAAUGUUCCAUCAAGUUUUUCGAAGCAUCCGCUAUGUUCAGAAUGUCUCGUUGUCAGAUUGGAGCAUUCAGUUUCUUGUUGACAUGAAGGAGAACGAUAUGCUUGUUCAAUUCCCGAAUGCUGAGUUUCUAAAACUAGAUUUUCGUCUCUUCGAGAUGUUUGAUGUUCGUGUUGUUCUUGAGAUGUUUCCUAAGCUGAAGAGGUUAAUUGUUGAUCAAGGCUUUAAGAAUGAUUAUAUGUAUAACUCGGUGUCGUCUGAGAUGAUUUCCCGUAGUCCCUUUCUGCCACAUCUAAAGACAGUUGAGGUUAUAUAUUCAAGCUAUCUUGCAAUAUCGCCAUUGGUAAAAUUUCUGUUGGAGAACGCUCGCGUGCUUCAAGAGAUGGUGCUUCAACCCAACGGGGAGGAAAAUGAUCGAGAAGCGUUUGUUUCGGCUUUAAAGGAGCUCCUGGGAACGCGGAGAUCUUCCCCUUAUGCAAAGCUGAUUAUAAAUGAGUUCAUGGCUGAUUAUGCAUAUGCUCCCGAGCUCAUUCCCCUGUGUCGGUGUGGAAGAGGUAAAAUGCUUGUGAAAUGUGCGGGGAAGGAAGCCUUGCACGCAGGCCGCUUUUACUACAAAUGUCCGGCCAACAUCAAACAUCAAGGAUCAUUCCUAUGGUGCGACGAAUAUCAUCAAAACGAGGUGGGUGCCGGGCAGGCUCCAAGGUAUCUUAGUGGGCGGAUGUAUACUCCAGAACAGGAGGCGCAAUCUGCCUCAUUGAUCAGCCAAGUACGAGCUGCUGUUUUAGGCCAUGGAGACGUUCGUCCCAUGCGUUUGAGGAGCGACAUUGAAAUCAUUAUUACAUCCAUUUUUAUGGCGCUAGCGUUUCUGUUUGGUGUUGUCAUAGGCAAGUUCUUAUAGCAUAGUGAAUCAUUUUUUGCAAACUUCAAAUUUAUAUUUUGGUGCAUUUUGGGCUUCCACAAUGUAAACUAUAUUAUCGCUUGGGGUGUGUUGGAUUUGGCUGCCUCAUACUGACUAACUUUUGACAGUAA